AUGACCACAUUUACCACCCGCGACGCGACCGUGACUUUACGCGACUACAUCGGAGAACUAGAGCGCCUAAGCGAGCUGUCUAGCAGCGGGCAAAAGGCAUUUAAAGAAGAUCUUAAGUACUAUCGUAUGUCGAUAGAGCAGUACAAGAGCGACCAACACUACGUGUUACUACACCUACUACGCACAUGCUGUCUCCUAGACAAGACAUUACGCGAGUGGAUUGCUAACCUACAACUAACCGUUGGGGUUGAUAACGAGACUAAGAAAGACCAAGCACGCGAGCGCUAUCUUGCGGCCCUACGGCCUAUAAGAAGCGCGGCGCAAUAG